ACCAGACCACAGCAAUGUUUAGUUUGUUGUUUGGUGCUCUGUGGCUCAACAUGUCUCAGUUUGUCAUUUUUAUUCUUAUGCUCAUGACACUUGCUGUUUCCACAAGACAUUUUUUUAAGGAGAGGCAAAGUUGUUAUCAGCCAGUGCUGAGGAAACCUGGUUUUGGGGUGAAAACCGCACCUCGUCCUCAUGAACUGCUGAACCUCGCUGAGCUGCCAAAGUCCUGGGACUGGAGGAACGUGGAUGGCAUCAACUACGCCUCUAUAACUCGUAAUCAGCACAUCCCUCAAUACUGCGGCUCCUGCUGGGCUCAUGGCAGCACCAGUGCGAUGGCAGAUCGUAUCAACAUCAGGCGGAAGGGAGUGUGGCCAUCUGCUUAUCUGUCCGUUCAACACGUGAUCAACUGUGCUGACUCCGGCACCUGUCAUGGAGGGGACCAUGGAGGGGUAUGGGAGUAUGCCCACUUUAAUGGCAUCCCUGACGAGACCUGCAACAACUAUCAGGCAAUUGACCAGAAAUGCAAUCCAUUCAAUGCAUGUGGGACUUGCAUGACUUUUGGGGAGUGCUUCACUGUGCAGAAUUACACUUUAUGGAAAGUAGGGGACUAUGGAGCCAUCAGCGGAAGGGAAAACAUGAUGGCAGAAAUCUACGCAAGAGGGCCAAUCAGCUGUGGAAUCAUGGCCACAGAGAAACUCGACGCAUACACUGGGGGUCCGUACUGGGAGUACGUUGAGACACCAUCCAUCAACCACAUUGUGUCAGUGGCAGGCUGGGUGGUAGAAAAUGGCACUGAAUACUGGAUUGUGCGCAACUCCUGGGGAGAGCCAUGGGGUGAGAAGGGCUGGCUCAAGAUUGUUACAAGCGCCUUCAAAGGAGGAAGUGGGAACAAGUACAAUCUUGCUUUGGAGAAAGACUGCAUGUAUGGAGAUGUGAUUGUACCCUCAUCCUACCUGUAGAAGUCAAGUAGACAGAAUUGUACAUAAAUCCUGAUUGCUAACUGUCUUUGCAUGUAUUCUACAACUGAAAUAACAAUGCACAUUUGGCUCAGAGUGUCAUGGUCAGUGAUUGUUGAAAUUGUAGAAAGGAUGGCUGAGGAGAUGCCCACAAACCAAUGUGCAGCCCUAAGACUUUACAGUGACUG